CCGUGUCCCGUAAGGUUCAGCGUGUAUCUGUCGAGAAGUUACCGGCGGAGGGAGUUUAAAACACUUUUGUCUGAAUCCGCGGAAGAAGAGGAACAAAAAGAAGAAGUAGCUUUGACAGCGUUUUUACCCGCUCAAGUGGUACAUCUUUCCGACAGAGCCAGUGAAAGAGAUAUUUCAAAAGUUUCUGCAAGCAAAAGAGACCACGUUUUAAGUCAACGCAGCAGUAUGAUUCUUACGAAAAAACAUUGCCUUCUGUGAUGCCAAAUGAUGGUAUCAAGACGUCAUGAUCUUCUUUUGUUGUGUGGGAGUUCCUUAUCACUUUCACACUGAGCAGGGAUAUUUCAUUGCAGAGAGCUAAACAUGAACAUAAGCAUGGUUUUAAACGAAUCAUGUAACAAUACCACCUGCAAUGACACUCGCAUUGUGAAUGAGGAUGGCAAGCCAGUUACCAGCAUCAUCAUGUUUCUGGCUGCCGUGGUGGGGAACCUCCUGGCUCUCUUCAUCCUGGGGGUGCACCAGAAAGAGCAUCGCUCCAGGUCCUCUGUCUUCUGCAUCCUGGUGACGGGCUUGGCCCUCACUGACCUGCUGGGCACCUGCCUCCUCAGCCCACCUGUGUUCAUCUGCUACGCCAGCAACAAGUCCCUGAUCACUCUGGGGGGUGCGGGCCUUUGCAACCUCUUUGGCUUUGCCAUGAGUUUCUUCGGCCUGGCUCCCACGCUCAUCCUGUGCACCAUGGCCGUGGAGCGCUGCCUGGCCAUCAGCCACCCUUACUUUUACUCUGUACACAUCCGCCACAGCUUUGCCAAAUUCACUCUUUUCUUUAUCUACCUCUUUUCUUUGGCCUUUUGCCUCCUGCCAUACAGCGGCUAUGGAAAAUUCAGACAGUACUGUCCCGGGACGUGGUGCUUCAUCGACAUGGACGCCACUGGGGAUGAAAAGUCCAGCUUGGUGCUUGCCUUCUCUCUGUCCUACUCUUCUCUCAUGGCCCUGCUGAUUUGUGCAGUGUUUGUGUGCAACGGCUCAGUGAUUGUCAGCCUGUGCCAGAUGCACCGGAGCCAGAUGAUGCGGCGUGGCUCGGUCGGGUCGGCGGGGAGGAGGAGGAGGAUGAGCCUGGCAUGGUUUGUACAGGGGGAAGAAGAGGUGGACCAUCUGGUGCUGCUGGCACUUAUCACCGUCAUCUUCGUGAUCUGCUCCCUGCCACUCACUAUUGCAGGCUUCAUCAACGCCAUUCACCCAUUUUGUGGCGACACAGAGAACCUGACAGCCUUCCGCUUCUACGCCCUGAACCCCAUCGUGGAUCCCUGGGUCUUCAUCAUCUGCCGCAAGUCUGUGUUUCGCCACCUUGGCUCUCUUCUGAGCUGCCGCUUCAGCAAAAGAGCCGUGAAGACGACGGCAAACUGCGCUCUUUCUUUACCACUUGACAAUCACAUACAGCGCAACCCCCCAGAUGUGACAGAUCCACAGACAAACAUGUACUCCGGUUUACCUCUGUGACCCCACAGAUGACCUCUCAACUGGAGGCAAGAGGCUUUUUUACGUCUCGUAAAACAUGUUGAAAUGAAACAUUUGCAAACAGGAUUCCUGCCCUCACCAUUUAAAGGCACACAACAUUGACAAAUCUUUGUCCAUGAACUAACUUUGGAAAAACAAUUGCACUAAGUCUUAAAGUUCCAUUGACUCAUGGAAACUGUUUCAAAGUGUCAUGGAGAGAUGUCCCAUUAACAAGCAGCACUGUAACAUAGCACUAAGGACCACAUUAAACCGUGACAUGCCUAUAAAUAUUUACUAUAAACUCAGAAUAUAGGUCAUCACUUAAUUGCUAUAUCGGUAAACAAUAUGCAUGAAUGUACACUGUCUUCUUUUUCUCUCAGCCUUUUCUUUACGACACAGCCGGGUAACUCUACUAAUGGACAUCUACAGCAUCUAUGACAUGAGAAGCAAGUCACACUCAACAUGUGAAUCCAUUUCAGAAAAAGUUGUCAUUUGGUUUCCCUGACAAGGUGCAGUGUAAAUAUUAUUAUAAUGAAUGGAGAGUAGUUAAUCAUGUCACAAGCCUAAAAGUCUACAGCCAUGUCAGCAGUCAUUUUAUGGCUUCACUUUUGCAGAGCUGUGCUUUGAGCUAAAUGCUAACGUCAGCAUGCUGAUGCUAUGUUUACCCUUUCAGUUUGUCAUGUUUCCUUGUUAACAUUUGCUAAUUAGCACUGAACACAAUGUACAGUACAGCUGAGGUUUAGGAAUAUCAUAACUUCUUUAGUGUUUUGUCAUAAAGUGAAAAGUUAAGGAGUUGGCACCAGUGCGUGAGCAUCAGGGUGUCAUUCAGCAAAAGGUCAAGGAAUCACCACAAGUCCUCAGGCUUCAUCUUUUCAGGAUCUUAAAUGUGAAUGAUUUUAUGGGAAUCAAGUUGCAAUUCUUCUGUGGUGAACCCACAGACUUACACUGCCAUCUCUUGAGUGAUACCGGGAGAAAAAAAGUUGUUUUCUAGACAAAUGUUGUAUUUACAUUGUACUGUUCCAUGGGCACAGGCUGAUGGUACUUUUAAACAAAUGAAUGUGAUAUAUAUAAUUGGAAUGGAUAUGAAUCGUGUCUUUUUGAUUGUUGUUAUUUAAAAAGUACAGUUAUAAAAUAAUAGCAAAGCACUCCUGAAUUGCAAUAGAUUAGGAGCAAAACUAAAUAAUCUGUUUAAAUUCAAACUAAAUUCUCUGCCUUUUUGAAAGUUUAGAUCUAAUGUUUGAUAAAGAAAUAAAACUAGACCACAUUUUUGAUUUCUCGAAACUACACCAUAGAGUGCUGAUGUAACCUGGUAUCAAAGCAUUACUAGUUCAUUUUAUUAAGACAAUAAUGAUAAAAAGGACACUUUAGUUGCCCUAAUAAUUCCUAUUCCUGCCUUAUCAUUUUAUUGCAAACACAUCUACUUCCUCCCCUUCUCUUUUGUGUCUCACUGAUUUCUAAGCUACCUAUGAAUGUUAAACUCUGCUGCUGCUUAACGCACUGUGAGAAUGUGUUUUGUGUUGUGACUUUAAUGCUGUACUGUAACUGCAUUUAAAUGUAUUUAUGCCUUAAUGUUGUGUUUUCUUACAAUUGUGCCGGUUUGGUGGAGUGCAAAGCUACUGGGAUACCAGACAUGAGGUAUUUUUGUAUUUUCUGGCUGUGUUGCACAUAUCAUGUUUGCUUAGUCAUUUGAAACUUAGUCAUGCAUGACCUGAGGAAAGAAAGACACGUUACCACUUGAGUUGUACAUUAAUUCGUAUUUAAAUGAAAUUAUAAAUGUAAGAAAAAUAUUCAAAUAGUGUUUGCUAUACGUCUCACACUUUGUUUGUGUGGAGUAAUAUAUUGAUAUAAGGAUAAACGGUCUCACAACUUAUGUCUGUGUAUGUUCCCAAAGAGAAAUGUUUAUGCUGAUUUUGUGAUGUCCAACAGUCUCUGCUCUGUAUCUCAGCCCAUGUGUAGUUCUUGACUGUCAUAAGACCUGAGCAUGUUUGCUGCCCAAAUAAACAGAAGAUGAUUGUGUUUGAGUUUGGACCAUCAU